UCAUUUCUUCCUCGGUGGCCAUUGUUGUUUCCAACUUUAGCGUUUUUUUUUUUUUAGCAGCGGGAAGCUAACAGUGUCUCCCCGAGGCCUCGACAACACCACACAGCUCACCUCACCAUAGCUGGGAUUAACUAUCAUGUAGCGCAGACUGCGUCCACACACACUGAGCUGUGAUAAAUAUUUAUAUGUGUGUUUGAAAGCGAGGUUAUUUAUCUAUCCGCCGUGCUAAGCUAACGGUAGCUCUGCGUUGCGUUCACGUAACGUUACCGGGGCGUGGAAAAAAGGGCAGACAGGAUCCCUUAUGAGGAGCUUUACGAUGUGUCCUGCCCAGACUCAGCUGCUCUGCUGCUGCUGCUUCACACAUCCAUGAGGACCACAGCCUGGUCUUAGAUGGAUGACCCCGACCCUGACCGGGACACUACAUGAAUUUAUAGUUUCUCUUGACCGAGACUUAACAAGCGACCAUGUCUGUCUCCACGGUAUUGGCAAAGGCGCUGUUUGACAACACGGCAGAGAGCCCGGAGGAGCUGGCUUUCCGAAAGGGAGACAUCCUGAUGGUGCUCGAACAGGAGCAGAGUGGCGGGCCGGGCUGGUGGCUCUGCUCCCUGCACGGCAGGCAGGGGAUCGCCCCUGCCAACCGCCUUCGACUCCUCCAGACCGCCCCGCCCCCAGGUCAAGACGUCCGUCAUGAGGACGCAGUCUACUUGUCUCCUGGCUCCCCGCUGGCUCGGACUGCUGUCGGCGGUAGCGCAGAGGACGUAGAUGGAGUGUAUCGUUCCCCGCCGGCUGUGGGUGAGGGACGAGGAGUUGGAGCUGGCUCGAGGCCCGGGGAGCUCCGCAGAGUCGAGGGGGGGCGCCCACGCUCGCACUCCAGCUCUGGCACUAGGCCCAGGCCUGACUGGGACCUUGGGGUGGCGGGGCGUCCACGCUCGCCCUCUCUGAGAGGACGAGGCACAGAAGUGACAGGAACACUUUAUCAGACUCCGGUAAGCCCCAUGCCUUCAGCAGCUCAGCUUGCCAGGCAGCCAGGAGCGCUCAUGGCUCCAGAAUCGGUGUACCUCGCCCCCACUGGAGUUCCAAGGGCUGCUGAUGAACCAGAGGACACUACAUAUCUAGUUCCUAGAGAAACACUAACAACAGGACACUCGGACGACUGUUACUUGGUGCCAAAAGGUACACCGCUCGCAGGUGACGAUGUUUACCAAUCACCAACAGGAGGAGUUUUGGCCACCACUGGCUGCUCUAAUGGCCCCUCCGUCAUAGCUGGAACACCCGGUACCCCACAGCCUAAAGUGAGCCAGGACACCCCUGGGAUGUACCAAACGCCCACCCCUAUGGGAGCAAGCCUUCACAGGACUCCUGCCACAGUUCUGGCCCACCAGCACCCAUCUUCACUAACUCCCGUGCAAGCAUCUCCUAGACCUCUUCUCAAGGGAGUUCCACCCAACCCCGCCGUCUCCCGGGGCAAACCCAGCAUGGCCUGUCACCGGGGGUCCCCUUUGCUGGUCAGAGCAGGACAGAUCAGGGUUCCCGGAUCACCGAACUUUGCCCGCAAACCUCCUCCACCUGCACCUCCAGUGAGGGGAGUCACCAGGAAGGACGCUGCCCCAGAUUCUGCCUCCAAACCCAGCGUUCAGGUCACUCCUGCAAAGCUGCAGCAAGACGUAGACAAACAGAGGGGAACUCCUCCGAGCAGCGAGGAAAGGAUGAACAAUGGUCUGGAGAAAAGCAACAACGUGCAGAACAAAACCGGGGAAAGUCAGGAUUACUCAGAUCCUGCGGACGAUCAGGUGUAUGACACCCCUCCGAGUGGCAGGUGGCAGCGUCCUGUCCCAUCUUCCCUUGGCGACGAUGACGGCAUCUAUGACACCCCUCGUAGUGUCCCACCACAGCUGGACUCUGAGACCGAGGUCUACGAUGUCCCCACCAUCACCCUGAACGUGUCCACGGCAGACAUCCACCCCGAUGAAGUCGAUGACGAUGUAUACAGUGUCCCUACGCUUCCCGGUGUGCCUCUGGGCCCGGGGGAGUCCAUCACCAGCCUCUGUAGCGAGGAAAGCAUCCAGGUCGGACAGGUCUAUCGCGUUCCCAGUUCUGAGAAACGAGCCAGCGGCGGAGGUCAUAACGGGGACUUGUCCGAGCCCGACUGCGGCAUCUAUGACAUGCCUGCGUUGACUUCCGAAGUGCUCCCUCACUCUUUGUCGUCGUCCUCCACCUCUACUCGCCGCCUCUCCGUCUCCAGUAACGGCUCAGGCGACGUGCAGUGGCGAGCCUCGCUUUCCAACCUUGUCCACUCGGUGCUGAGCACGCUCUCCUGCUCGCCCUCCGCUCUGUCGUCGCGGGACCUGGCCACCUCGUUGGCUGAAAUCCUGUCCACCUGGAAAGCCAGUCAUUCGGAUGACCCCCCGCCGCCUCUUCAGCAGGCGUGGGCUCGGCUGUCGAACCUUCUGGCGGAGCUCUCCGCCGUCGGCACCGCUCCUCCAUCUGAAGGACACUUGUUGAAGGUCCAGCGCUCGCUUGAGGAAAGCGCCCUGCUCUUGCAGGCUCAGGGCCGUCCCCGUCUGCCUUCCCAAGAAUCCCUCUCUCGCAGGCCACUGCCCGCUCUCCCAGUGCCCGACGGAAAGUCGUCUGGAGGUGGGAUGGGCUCCCGUAAAGGUAGCUGGAUCCAGGAGAGGCCUCUGCCACCAACCCCUCAGCCUGCCUUCCCUUUACCUCCCACUCCAGCGACCGUGACGCUGACGGUCGGGCCUGUCGAUGGAGAAGAUGACCCCAGCAAUGAGUACGCAGGGAUCGGCUUGACUCCCAUCCCUGCACCAGUACCUACGGGAGACAGUGUUGGAUACGUGAAGCUGCAGGGUAAACCCGAGCCACCUCCUGACACCAUGACCGAGAACGGACAAACACAAACUAUCACUGCAGAGCAGAGGCUGACUCCGUCCCCUGGUCUCCCGGUGUCCCUCUCCCUGGAAGACUCGGAGCUGCUGUCUUUUUACUCCUCUCAGAGCCUCGCUCACCUGUCCUGCCUGGCAGACGCCAUCGACGUGCUCUUCAGCAGCGUCCAGGGGAACCAACCGCCCCGCAUCUUCGUCGCCCGAGGGAAGAGUCUCAUCGUGACGGCGCACAAGCUCGUGUUCAUCGGGGACACGCUCUCCCGCCUUCUCACCUCUGCCGACCUCCGGGCCAAGAUCACAACUUCCGGGGGACGACUCUGCCAGGCCUUGAAGUCAGUCGUCGUGGCAACAAAGGGCGCCGCACAAAACUACCCAUCAGUAUCCGCCACCCAGGAGAUGGUGGACCGCGUCGCCGAGCUCUCCCAGCAAGCAGCCGGCUUCUCCACUCUGCUCCAGCGUCUGGCAGAAAUAUCUUCGUGAUAUUAUCGCUUACGUAAAAAGAAAAAAAAAACUCUGUUUACACUACACCUAUAUUUUCCCUCUUUGAAAUGCCUUAUUUGUUGUUUUGUUUUGUUCGAACGGGAUCGACGCUAGCGAAGUUUGAAUGCUGGAACAAGUGUUUUCAACCUCGCUGCAGCUGUUACUAAGCUGGGUUUGGACUGUGUUGGUUCUGUCUCUGCAAAGUGUGUGUUGGUUUGCCUUUUGUUUAUAUACUGACCUCCGUGCUUUGAUGCCAGGCACACUUGUCUUUUUGAGUGUUAACUUAUUGAAUAUUUGAAGCCCCCGCCAUGGCUUUGAGCGUCUGUGCGGACUGCUUAUCUUGGGAGCUUUUGCUUUAUUGUGUUUGCCAUAUUUUUUCCCCCCUUCACAUGAUAGCCGCUUUUCCUUCCUUCCUCUUAUUUAUUUAGCCAUCCCUCCCCUCUCUCCAGAAAUAGCCCAGAAGGAGACCUUACAUCCUGGUUCUGACCUACUUUUUUUUUUUACUGUGAUACUUUGAAGUCUUUUUGUGAUCUUUCAUUGAGAAACUGUUGAAGCAGCACACUGAGUGUUUGGGGGAGAUUAAAAUGGGACAAGUGGAGUGGGAAGUUUGCUCGACUUCCAUCCUUUAAUCUGUGCAACUAUAUGUUGUGUUUUGUGUAGAAAGCAAAGAUUAACUGCAGUACGGCGGAUUACAAGAAGCAUCUCUUGUCUGAUCGGUUCACAUAAUAACUGAGAAUCAAUGCAGCGACAUGAUUAAUGGCAGAUAGGUGAGAAAUUGCCUCAUCCUGUUCUUUCUCACAGUCACAUAGUCGCCUGGCAAUACACGAGGAACCUGUUCACCGAGCUCACCUGUCUCCACAUGCCUUUUUUUUAAUGCUUUGCUUUUCAUUUUCCCGCAAGAUGAUCACCUGCUGUCAGCAGCGCUUUAGUCACAUCUUGCUUUGACAAGUUUCAAGUCACACACUAAAGGAAACGAAGGUCAUAACAUAUCAUAUCGCCCAGCGUCAGACUCUGAAGCUGUGGUGGACUGGAAGUUGAACAAACAUUUACACUACAAAUCUUCACACGUUGGCCCGGCUUCAUCCUUCUUUGGUGCUCUUCGAAGUCGGAUCGUAAUACUUGAUCCGUGUCGUCAAUCAUAUUGCUUAACCUGUUUUUUAUUUUUCAGAUCCAAAUCAGUAUCACCGGGGCAUUGCGUAAUCGUCCCCUCAGCUGUGGCUCAGUUUAAAUCAUUCUUUCUCUGAGGGAGUACUCCUGCUUUUACAUUUUCUCUGUUGCGGAGCCACCUUGUGGAGGUUUUGAAGUAUUACUUAUGAAUGAAUACCCCCCUGCCAAAAAAAAAACAGGCUCUAUAAUGUAUGUAUGUAUGAAGAGAGCAUGACUGGCAAGUAACCUUUAGCUCUAUAUUUAUUAUUGUCAGUUUUUAGGUUCUUUGCUUUCCAGUUUGCAUGGCUUUAAUUUGCUUACGUUUUUAUAUAUGCACACAUCCUACACCAGGGGUGACUUUACUGGGUAAUGUUUCUUUUGUUACAGUUAAAAAAAAAAAUUAUGGCUGUAUUUUCUUUUGUACAAGAACUUUUUUUUUUUUUACACUAUGAACUCAUUUGAGUCCUCUGUUCUCCAUGUUUGCUGAGGUAUAGAAGUGAACCCUUUCUCCUACAGUGAGCAGACCUACACCUCUUUUUACUUAACACUACAUUCGAUUGUCUGUCUUGUAUUCCUGUUCUCAGAAUGCACAAAUACAUCUUUUUUGCAAUUAAA